AUGUCGAGAAUACCAGAUUACGCUCACAAUUUAUCACUUAGAAUGUCUCAAGUGAUGGAUGGGAUUGGUGUAAACGAGAAGAUAGUGAUGAAAAGAAGAAGAUCAAUGCUACUGAAUGAAUCACUAAUUACGAUAACUCAUCGGCUACUCGGUAAUGAUGUGAAUAUAUUCUUAUUCGGCAGUCAAAUAGAAGGUACAACAACUCCAGGAUUACAGUCUGACGCAGAUUGUCUUAUAUCUUUGAACACAUAUAAUGUGAUACAAGACUGGAGUGAAUGGGAAUACGGUAAACAUAAUUUGUUGAUGAUACAAGAUGAGUAUGUCUCACCAGGAUAUGGUUUGUUACAAGAGUUAAGAGAUGAUGCUCUACUACCACGCGUAGUUGAAAUUGGUGACCAUUCAUAUAGAGACAGAAUGGGGAGAAUAUUGUUAAAAAAUACAAAAUUCAAUUUUGUUGGAAAUAAUGCAUUCAUGAGACACGGUCCAGCCCAUUCUCCACAAGACGUUCCUGGGAUCAAUGAUCAUGAUUUUGUUCUUGCCUUUCCCUCUCGGUUAUACCCAGUUAAAGCAAGUCACUGGUUAUGUCAACAUAGAGAAAAGCAUUGGCCUACAAAUGAUAUGAUACAGUACUGCAGUAACACACGAUGUGUUGUUGUAGGCGUUGGAAAAACAGGAAGUGUAAAUGAAAUACUUGAAUGGAGAAUAUCUACAUCAUUUGCAGAGAGAUUUUUAAUGUUUACUCUUAAUAUUACACAAAUCAGGUGUUAUGUUUUGAUGAAAAUGAUUCUGAAAACAUUUAUAUCUCAAAGAUUCCCCGACAGCAUUUCAAGUUUUAUAUGUAAAACAGUUUUGUUACAUUGCAUUUCAUUUACAAGAUCUGAUGCAUGGAAUGAAAAUACCCUUUUUAUUUGUCUAUCAUUUUGUUUAUCAACACUUUACAACUGUGUUCAAAAUGAAUACUGUCCUCAUUUCUUCAUCACACAAAACAACUUAUUGAGCGGGCGAAUUUCUCCGGAAUCGAAGCCGUUAAUACUUGAAACUCUUCGUUAUGUUAUUGAAAGUAAUGGAAGGGCAUUACUCGAAAUUGAAUGCGACAACUUUGGCAUAUAUCUGCAGUCAAGUUUAAAUGGUUUUAUACAAGUAAAUGAACAUAUUAUACCAACUAGAAUAGCUGGACUUUUGCUAAAAGAUACUGCCCUUUUAAUGAAUGUAAGUUUCAAAUCCUUCUUACAUGAAAUUAAAGAUUUAUCACCACGAAUUGCCACGCAAAAACUUUUAACAAUUAUUGCAAAUCACCAUAAUGAGAAUACAAAAGCUAACCGCUUGAUAACAAGACAUUUAUGUAGUUCAAUUGGAUCUAUUCUAGCUUCUUUAAACAUUUACCAACAAGACCAUUUAACAUACAAGAAGGCGCUUUCAUUCAUGUCAUUAGGACUUGACCCCGAUGUAGCAUCUGGUAAACUGAAACUAGCAUCGGUUUUUUAUUGUACCGGAGAUAUUGAGAGGACUGAAUUUAUCCUGAAAAAUAUUGAGGAGUGUUAUGAUCUAAAUGUUGUUGAACCUGUAUGCGGGUGUUACGAUUUCAUACACAAUGCAAAUAGGGAAAGAUUCAACAGAUUAUGUUAUGAAUCAAAUGAAGAAUGCACACUACUAAAAUAUAUAACAGCAUCAUGUGUCUGUUUUAUACGAUUUGAAAUAAACUGUUGUCCCCUAGAACUUCAACAUGAAAUGUUUAGAUCAACCCAGGAAAUUCAUGCCCACAGACGUUUACAUGAUAAAUGGAUGGACUUCGCUGCGGUUGAUUCUCUCUCAUACCUCUACUUCUUGCAGUACAAGACAUAUUCCCGUCUAGGAAGACAAGAUGAUAAACAAAGAGCUCUAUCUAACAUUGCCAGAACCAUUGAUGUUGAACCAAAUCUCAGACAUAAGGAAACAGCACUCAAUCUUCUAGGACAGUGUAUGGAAGAAGAGAAUAAUCCAGGCAAUGCUUUCAAAUGUUAUGCACGUUCCCUUCAGAUAAGAGAACGAAAUAAUUCGGCAAAAGUCCAUAUUUGUAAGCUGUUAAACAAAUUGAUCAAUAACUAA